AUGAGCCAGUACCGCACAAUCUUGCAGGGCACAAUGGCGGCUGCUGAAAUCGACAUCAGCCAAAUCGCGAGCAGUCUCAACUGUGACUACUCCCUGUCGUUCUGCUCUUUGACGCCGCUUAUACACACAAUUGCGACUUGGCCCAUUCGCCUAUCCUGA